AUGAUGAUCAAGCAGCCCACAACCGUCGCGCCCACAACUGCAGCGCCCUCACCAGCGAACGCACCGGCUGCGUUACGAGCACCCCUGGCAGCUCCCGAGCCAGUCCUGGCGGCCACAACCCGAGCCCCAGUUGUUCCAGCCGCGGCUCCGGCCGCUCCUCCGGCCGCUCCUCUGGCCGCUUUUCCGGCCGCUCCUCCGGCCGCUCCUCCGGCCGCUCCUCCGGCCGCUCCUCCGGCCGCUCCUCCGGCCGCUCCUCCGGCCGCUCCUCCAGCCCCAGCAGCUCUUCCAGGCACACCUGAAGGCCUUGACCUGAGCCAGCUUGGCCAGUUCGCCUUAUGUGAGCAGCCGGAAAGCACUGGCAGAAGAUUGCUAAGCUUUCAGGACCUGAAGGAGUACUCGCCAAUGAAGAUCGUCCAGCGGAUUCUUGUCUGCUUCAUCAUCGUAUUUCUUCUUGUGUGCCUUUGCAUCAACAGGAAGGCGGUCCUCAUUGUUCUGACGGGUGAUGACCAGCUGCAUGCAACUCUUCCGGACUGCUGUUGGUACGGGGUGUGGCAGUGCUGUGGCCUCUGCAAGUAUGACUGGGUAACUUACUGCACUCAGUGGGCCUGCUGUGGGAGGUGGCGCGGAUCCAACCCUGUGCGAACACUGGCGCAGUGGGUGGGUGUAACAUCUAUGACCAUCGAGCUCAGCAAUAUCGUGGUGGGCGACAUUCCCUUCUACCGGUAUGGAGCCUUCUCGGUGUCGGUCGAGUCCGGCAAGUAUCCGGCCUUACAAACUUCUGUGCAAGAGGACCAAGACCCCAAGACGAUUCACUUCCCCGAGGUCCUGACAUUACGCCUCCGAGACACGAUGUGGGAUUUGCCGGUGGUAAUUACAGUGAACCAGAUCAACUUCAUCGGCAUCCACAAGGUGGCUGAGGUUCAUCUGUCCCCUAAGCAAGUGGCGAAGUGGGCACAUCAGGGCGAGCCGGACAACACGAAGCGACUGGCCUUGACAAUGAAUGACCGCAAUGUGGAGAUGGAGACGCCGCCGUGGGUGAGCAUAACUUUCAGCACUCCAACGGCGGACUUGCGCCACCUCGACCACUUUCAUGCGAACUCAAGCAUGUCAGUGCGACUCGCCAGGUGGGAUGCCGUUCCAAACCCCACGACUGGAGAGUACUUCGCCGAGCACCCUCUGGUGCAGGUGAAACACGACUACCACCUGGUGGACGGUGCUGGGAAUUGUGUUCCUAUGUCUCCCAGUAGGCCUUUGUUUCCCUUUUUGGGGGCCUUAGGUUCCUUAUAA